UCAGAAUUCCCCAUAGGUGUUCGUUUGGGUUCAAAUCAGGAGACAUACUUAGCCACUGAAUCACUUUUACUUUGUUCUUCUUAAGAAAUGCAACAGUGGCCUUAGAUGUGUGUUUUGGACCAUUGUCAUGUUUGAAAAGUUCACAAUGACUAAGGAUCCUGUGAUGGUAGUAUCUUUUCUUUGAAUAUACAGCACUCAUACAGCCCCACAGAAGAACACUGCCACCACCAUGUUUCACUGUAGGCACCAUGCAUUUCUUUGUACUCUUCAAAUUUGCAACGUCAUACAGUUUUGAAGCCAUUAGUUCCAUUUAUCUUGGUCUCAUAACUCCAGAGUACAGAGUCCCAGUAGUCUUCUUUUUUCAGCAUGGGCCCUGGAAAGUUCUAGGUGGGCUUUUUUGUGCAAGGGCUUUAGGAAAGGUUUCCUUGGUAGACAACACCCAUGCAUGCCAUUCCUCUGCAAUGUACACCAUAUUGUGUCAUGGGAAACAAUCACCCCAGUUUGGCUUUCUAUUACUUUAGCUAACUGCAGUGAUCUUGCAUGGCGAUUUUCUUCAACCCUUCUCAUCA